AUGAGGACAAAAGAGCUGUUAAUUGAUGGUAUCCUUUAUGCCUUCCAAGAGCAAACCAGUGACGAUGCCAAUGUGAUGCUUAACGGAUUUGGUGCUGUUGUAAAUGCCCUGAGAGUUAAGCCAUACCUUCCUCAGAUUUGUGGUACUAUUAAAUGGCGACUGAACAACAAGAGUGCCAAGGUGAGACAGCAAGCUGCAGAUCUGAUAUCCAGAAUUGCAGUAGUUAUGAAGCAGUGUGGGGAAGAACAACUAACGGGCCAUCUUGGUGUUGUCUUGUACGAGUACUUGGAAGAAGAAUACCCAGAGGUUUUAGGAUCUAUACUGGGGGCUCUCAAGGCUAUUGUGAAUGUUAUUGGUAUGACUAAAAUGACUCCUCCAAUUAAGGACUUGCUUCCUCGGCUGACCCCUAUUUUGAAGAAUCGUCACGAGAAAGUCCAGGAGAAUUGUAUUGACCUUGUUGGUCGAAUUGCAGACCGUGGUGCUGAAUUUGUUCCUGCAAGGGAGUGGAUGAGAAUUUGUUUUGAGCUUCUUGAGAUGCUUAAAGCGCACAAGAAAGGUAUCCGCCGAGCAACAGUGAACACAUUUGGGUAUAUUGCUAAAGCCAUUGGACCUCAGGAUGUGCUUGCAACAUUGUUAAACAAUCUUAAGGUGCAGGAACGUCAGAACCGUGUCUGUACCACUGUCGCAAUUGCUAUUGUUGCAGAAACAUGUUCUCCCUUUACAGUCUUGCCUGCCUUGAUGAACGAAUAUCGCGUGCCUGAGCUUAAUGUCCAGAAUGGUGUCUUGAAAUCCCUCUCCUUCCUUUUCGAGUACAUUGGAGAAAUGGGCAAGGAUUAUAUAUAUGCUGUAACUCCAUUACUCGAAGAUGCUCUUAUGGACAGAGAUUUAGUACACAGGCAGACUGCUGCCUCUGCUGUGAAGCACAUGGCUCUUGGUGUUGCUGGUCUUGGAUGUGAAGAUGCACUUGUCCACCUUUUGAACUAUGUCUGGCCAAACAUUUUCGAGACGUCUCCACAUGUGAUCAACGCAGUCAUGGAAGCCAUCGAAGGAAUGAGGGUCGCACUGGGAGCAGCCGUAGUCCUUAACUAUUGUCUACAGGGAUUGUUCCAUCCAGCAAGGAAGGUCAGAGAAGUUUACUGGAAGAUAUACAACUCCCUCUAUAUCGGCGCCCAGGAUGCACUUGUAGCUUCUUAUCCAAUCCUGGAAGAUGAUGAAAACAAUGUCUACAGUAGGCCUGAGCUGAACAUGUUCAUUUAGAUAUUUGCCUCUUAUAUCUGCUUUGCCAUUUUUA